AAAGGCAAUAGAGUAGAGAUGAGUUUUAAGAUUUGAUUUAGAAAUAGCUACAAAGCUACAAGCUGUUCCAUAGUUUAGGGGUAACAGCAGAAAAUGCCCUGUCUCCUCUACAUUUGUGUUUAGUUUUGGGAACAGCCAGUGCAGGUCAGAGGAUCUGAGACUUCUUAUAGGAGUGUAUUUGACUAGUAAGUCAGAUAGGUAAAUGGUGGCUUCCAUUUAAGCAUUUCAAUAAAAUACAAUUAAAUUAAAUUUAGUCAAGCAAGCAUUUGUUAUAGAAAUGCUACUGAGUAGGAAAAUAAGCAACUUAAGGAAACGAUAUAAAACAUGGCCAGGUCAAAUUAAAAGAGUUGUUUCCUUAUGGAGGGGAAAAUCUUUCAAGACAGCAGUAAUUUAGAUAAGAAGAUAUUAUUACAUGGUUUAUAGAUCCAGAGAAUCUACAGCUUUAAGAGGGGCGGUAGAGAGACAGAGCUCACAUGCUUCCUGCUCUCAGGAGACACAGCCGGAACAGCCAAGGUAGGACACAAACAUUCUCUGAUCAGUUAUAUUGACACCUAAUACAAAAAGGUUUUUGUGGUGCUGAUAUUAAUGUGCACUCAUUUGGAUCGUAAUCGAAAGGACGUUUCAGCCCCAAAACCAACGUUGGAUGUAAAAAAAAAAGAAGACGUUUUUUGCUGAUGUUGACCGUCUGUGUUGUGGAUUUUAAUUCAAGUUUAAUGUGAUUUAUAUCAUUACAAGUGCGGUAUUUAACACUGAGUUUCUCAUUAGGUCUACCAGGAGGUGUUCUGGCCUCUGUGUUAAAGGCUGAACCUGGACCUGGUCCAGACCGAUACAACCAGAUCAAACCAGGAAUAUUUCUACGAGAAUCACUCUUCAAAUCAACAAAGAAGAAGUCAGAUCUCUUCUGAUCGAACCUGGUUAGCCAGUCAGGAAAGCCAGGAAACUGAUGGUUGGCUUUCAGGCUUCCUCCUGUUAUCUUCUCCAAUCCUUAGAAAAUCUUACAACUCUUUGAUUUGUCAGAACUCUGAGCAGUUAACAAAUUGGGCUACAAUGAUAAAUACUUUGAAAGAAAAGUUUAGUUGGCCCCCCCCUAAGCGGUUGGCAGAAGCUGUUAAGAAUGAAGGCAGGAAGACUAAAGGACCUUCAGGUACUCUGGACGUUUACACUCUUCCUCUGAAAGCCCAGCCCAUGAAUGUAGAGGGAUGCAAGCGCUUCAUAUUUGGAAAAGACUCUGUGAAAAAGAACCGCACCAUCAUGGUUCUAGGAGCCACUGGGGCGGGGAAGUCCACCCUGGUCAACAGGAUGAUCAACUACAUCCUGGGGGUCACAUGGGACGAUACCUUCAGAUUCAAGUUGGUAGACGAAGGCACGGCCAAGUCCCAGGCUCACAGCCAGACCUCUGAAGUCACCGUGUACAAGCUCAACCACCGAGAGGGCUUCCAGAUCGACUACUCCCUGACUAUUGUGGAUACGCCGGGUUUCGGAGACACGGGAGGCAUAGAGAAAGACAGAAGGAUCAUAAGUCAGCUACAAAGGCUUUUCUCAGCUGAACAUGGAGUCAGCGAGAUCGAUGCCAUCUGCUUCGUGGCCCAAGCGUCUCUAGCUCGGCUUACACCAACACAGAAAUACAUCUUUGACUCAGUGCUCUCCAUAUUUGGCAAAGAUGUGGCAGAGAACAUCCGGAUUUUGGUGACAUUUGCAGAUGGCCAAACCCCUUCGGUUCUCCAGGCCAUCAAAGAAUCUGAGGUCCCCUGUCCUAAAGAGAAAGAUGGUUUACCAAUUCACUUCAAAUUCAAUAACUCUGCCUUGUUUGCUUACAAUAAGGUAACCGGUGCGAACAACAAAGGUGAUGACAAUGAGGAUGAUGAUGAUGAUGAAGAAGAAGAUGGCUUUGAGCAAAAGUUUUGGGCCAUGGGAACCAGAAGCAUGAAAAAAUUAUUUUCUGCUCUGAAUGCUAUUAAUACCAAGAGUUUGACCUUAACCAAGGAGGUGCUCAGACAGAGAGCUCAGCUGGAGAACUCCAUUGAGAAUCUCCAGAUUAAACUGAAAUUGGGUUUAACUAAACUUGGGGAGAUUGACCAAGAAUGUAAAAUUCUCCAAAAACAAGAGAUGGCGAUCACAGCCAACGAGGCAUUUGAGUAUGAGGUCAGCGUAACAAGGCUUGUUAAAGCCAAAGAAUCAAGUGAAAGCCAAAGAAUCAUCACUUAACUGUGAGAAAUGUAAUGUCACUUGCCACAAAUCAUGCAAGGUACAAUUUGGUGCCAUGUAUUAUUGUGAGGUCUUUAGCUGGAGGGGUAACUGCGUUGAAUGCAAAAGCAAGUGCCCUCUAUCGGCGCACGUCCGUGAGGGUUUCUACUGGGGUUCCGAGACUGUGAAGGAGAAACGAACCUUCAAGGAGCUAAAAGAAAAGUAUGAGAUGGCCUCUAAGGCAGCAAUGUCCAUUGCCGACAUCAUCAAACAGAUGGAGCUGGAGUACGCCCGCCUACACGAGGAGGUGGUCAGGCUGAUGGAGCGCUCAGCCCAGUGUCUCAACACCCUGAAGGAGAUCGCUCUGAAGCCCGAUCCACUGUCAAUGCCUGAAUACAUCGACCUGCUAAUAGAGGCAGAGAAGUCAGAGGCCAAACCUGGUUACCUGGAGCGCAUCAAUAAACUCAUGGAGCUGAAGAAAAAGGCCAUUACCACGGGGAAGGUUGCUAGCGGGGCCACAGUAGUCGCGAUGUGGGGGCAGGACAGACCAGCGGCUAGUACCUCUCCCAGCGCCAAAGGGACUGGGUCCAUUCAAUAACAUGUGAUUUACAUAUCAAAGCUUUUGAUUUGAUUUAAUCAAAUGAGAGUGAGAAUUAACAUGGUAAUGCAAUUUAUAGAAAUUAGACAUGUUUAUAAAAGAAAGUUACACUUUUUUCUGUUAUUGGGUCCCCAAUUGGCAGAGUAAAAUGCAUAAAAAUGCUGAUAUUUGAAUUCAUAUCCCUCAUUAACAGAGGAUUGUUUGUUCAGCUCAGUUUCUGUGUGAGGAGCCCUCCACCCCUUUCCUCACUCGUAAACCUUGACCUGACCACUGCGAUAACAUAGAGUGGGCUCAAUCAGUCUCGAUCGCGAUGUUUAAAUUAGAAGAUAUGGAGUUUAUUACCCUUAUUUGGAUUUUGUCUCUGUUGUUCUGUGUACUUUAUAAGCUUGGCCGCUCUCCCGACUCCACCUGAAACACUUAUUGUAUUGAGUAUUGACUCACUGCUUCUUUGUCCUAAUUGUAAUGACUUAAAAUGAAUUGUGCAAGUUCAUAAUGAGGUGCUGAUGAAUUUAAGACACGCACAUUUGAUUAUGGCUGUGAUUUGCUUGAAAUAUUUAUCAUGAGAUAAAUACAUUCCUCAUUA